UUUCACGUGACGUCACCAAACGCGAGUCGCCAUUACGGAGAUAUACCCCCCACCCCCCCAGACCAAAACAAAGCCAGAGCGUAUGAGAGACUGCACAUUUCUGCUCCUUCAUAAACCGUAAUCACAAUCCGCGUGGAAAAUGGUCAAUUAUUGCCGUGUGUACGGUUGUACAAAUUGGUCUGACCGAGAAAAACACCUGGAGUUUUACAGACUUCCAAAAGUUAUCACAAAUCAGGGAGAUACUUGCCGAAACUUAUCAGAAGAAAGGAGACGUCUGUGGCUUGCUGCACUGAAACAGAACUUUACGGGCAAGAAUCUUGACAACAUUCGUGUUUGUUCUUCACAUUUAUUGUCAGCCCUCCAGAGCCUCCACUCUGCCUACAAAUAAUCCCGCCGCUAUGGCUGCCGGGUCGCGGUACCGCCCAUUUCGUGACGUCGGUGAAAACCCUCUAUUAUUUGUAAUAUAUUAUAUUAUUUGUAAUCAGCACAAAUUAUCUGUCCCCAUAUGAUAAAAUCCACCAUCCCCCCUGAUUUCUUUUUACAACUCAAGUACUGUAUCUAGGUGUGAUCCGGGACGAGGUCCCGGGACGAGGGAGACGGGGAGUCCGAGGGUCGUGGGGGCCCCUACCUUCCUCCAGAGGCUCCAGUGGAGUCCCGAAGCUCACGAAGUCCUGCUCGCUGUCGCUGUCGGACGCCAUGUCUGAACAGCAGCUACGGGAUCCGCGGAGGGACACGCUGCACCGGGGACGAGAGGCGCCGGCGACCAACCCGAGAAAUGGCGCCACCUGCCGGUGACCGAGGGUCCCGGUCGCCCCGUGUAUGUAUGGAGGCGCCGCCUCAGAGUUCUUUUGUCCCAGGCCACCUGAAGGCCCCAGUGCGGGCUUGUUGCUACGGCAACCACGCGGCGUCCCGGAGGAAAACUGAGAUGGAGCUGGGAGCGCUGGGUCCUCGGUCGGGGGAGGAGGAGCGGAGGAACCGGGACCAUCAGGUUCCCGUAAAGGAGUUACGAGCCCACAGUGACGCCAUCACCGCUGCACGGCUGUGCUGCGACAACAGCUGCAUCCUCACCUGUUCGGCAGACUGCACCGCUGCACUCUGGGAUGUUCAGAGCAGACAGCGUCUCCGCUCAUUUGAUGGCGUUCACACUAAAGCCAUCACUGAGUGCUCCCUGAUCCCAAACACCAACAGGAUGGUGACGGUGUCCUGGGACAAGAAGAUGGUGUCCUGGGACCUGGAGACUGGACAAGUUGUGUGGGAGGUGGGGAUGGACGACUGUCUGACGUCCUGCAGCUGCUCGUCCAAUGGUCGGCUGCUCGUCUGCGCUGCAGAUUCUCAUAAUGGCGUGUAUUUUUGUGACACAGUUGGCGGCCGGACGCUGCACUGCAUUACCGGACACCACCGCUCCCCCAUCACACAAUGUCGUUUUGACCCAGCGAGCCUGCGGGUGGCAACGGUAUCAGAAGACCGGGGUAUCAAACUAUGGGACCUGAGAGCUCAGAAAACCACCAUAUCUGUACACAGUAACCAUGGCAACGUAGUCUCUGACUGCUGCUUCACCAGUAACGGCCACUUCCUGUGCACAGCAUCAUGGGAUAAAACACUGAAGCUGUGGGACCUGCAGGCUGGUGGCUUCCGGUCUCAGGGAGGGAUGACACUGCAGCAAGGUCACAAAGGGAGCGUGAGCUGCUGCAGCUUCUCUGAGGACGCAUCUUUGCUGGUGUCCGGCUCCUACGACAGGACCGUCUCUGUCUGGGACUCAUCCACACUCACCCAGACCGCCGUCCUGAAGGGUAACACCGACUGGGUGACAGAUGUGUUAGUAAGUUCUGACCAGAAGAUGGUGGCCUCGUCCUCCCAGGAUGGGACCAUUCGUUUCUGGAACAUAGAGAACUCUGACCAGUUCCAGAAGGUCCAGCAGAGGAAGAGGACUAAAGAAAUAGACAUCCACAUCAUGAAGUGUGAGGAGUGUGGGAGUUUGUUCCUGGUGUCCUGUGUGACCUCGGAUCAGCUGAUCUGCUGCGUCAGCUCCAGACUCCAGACUCCCUCCAAGUACCGACCGCCGCUGCCUGCUGUCACCUCAUCAGGACCUCCCACAUGGACCAGGGGCUGAAAAUAAAACUAAAAUGCUUGUGAAAAUCAUUGUUUUUCAAAUCUCCGGACAUUUUAUUUAUAUUUCUUAACAGAUAUCUGAUACUACGGAAGAGUAUCAGGGCUAGGCAGGAGAAAAAUAAAAAUAAUAUUUUAGAGGCGCGCGUCGCCGCGUAACCUAAGUCGUAGGCUCUGCGUCGAUUUAACACGGAACCAUAAAUCGCAGGUGGCUCUUCUCAUCCCCGAAAACAUCGGAGCAAAUUUCUUAACAGGCGUUAUUUGGAUAAACUGAGCCCAGGUUGGGGAUCUUAACGGUUACUUUUACGCCUGAAAAAAUUAUUAAAUUAAAACUUAAUAAAGUGGCAUAUUAACAGCGCUACAGCGGAAAUUAAAGCGGAAAUUAAAACAGCUUUUAGCUCUGGGCUUCCUGAUAUGGUGUGACGUAUGUGCAAACGUAACUACGCAGUCGCUUACGUACCCGAACGUAAACCACGCAGUGACGUAGCAAGUGGUGUCCCAAUCCCUAGGGAAGAUUACAAGGACCCUACGCCUGUGGCUUCAUUUUUAGGGUGAAGUGGUAGUGGGUGAGGGCUAGUGGUAGUGAGUAGGUUGAACAUUGGGAUUGGCCCUUGGACUUUAUCUACACAUGUUGCACUUUGGCAAACAACUACCAGCACUUCGUGAUUGUUGGACCA